GCUAUUGUUAUAUUCAAGUCCAAAUGUAAUUAGAGACUAAUUAAGUAUUCAAAAAAAAAAAAUAAACAUGGUGAUUUUGAAAAGUGUUAUUGUUAUUGCUGUAGCAAUUGUUAUUGAGGUUUACAAUGCACCAACAUCUAAUGUGGGCAAUUUUAUAACGCUUACAUCUACGCCUCUCGAAUCAUCUGGUCUCAGUCCUGAAGUUAUAGCUAUGAUAUCAAAAAUAUAUCCGUCGUGUAAAUCAACAUCAAUAUCCUACUCUGGACUUAAUCCUGCAUUUGCAAAUUAUCUAAGAACUUUGCCUUCAUAUUCUAAAUAUUGUAAUUUGUCAUUAUUAAAAACAAAUUCUGCACAGUUGAAUUAUCCUACAUCCACUGUAAAUAAGAAUCCAGACCUUGGCACGACUGAGAAUAAUUAUUUAUCAAAUUUACUGCCUUUGUCUACUGAAUCAAGCAAAUUGAAUAACGAAGAAUCUUAUUCUAUUUCUAAUCAACUUAAACCCCGAUCAGCACCUACCGGAAUAAAUCCGUGGCCAAUACAUUUUAAACCGAAUUUCAUGCAGAACUCAUUCCCAGCUAAUCCUUAUGGAAUGAAUCAAUAUCCAAUUCAAACAAAUAAUUAUGAAUCUAAUUCUUAUGGUCUAAAUCAAUACCCAAUUGUAGAUCAAAAUUACUCAAUACACUCUUGUAGUACACAAAAUUCAAACGUAAUUCUUCAAAAUAUUUUGUCUAAGCUGAUGAAUACACAACCACAAACUUAUACUGCUGUGUGUAAUUUUAUAGUACCAUCUACAGCAACCUCUAAUAGCUUAACACAAAAAGAAAUUGUAGAAAGUUUACUAAAUAAUGUAAAAAGUGAAAAAGUUUUACCUGAAAAAUUAACGUCUAGUACUAUUGAACAAAAUCCUGCAAAAAUUGAAACAAAUUUAUAAGCAGCUGUUGUUUAAUAAAAAAUGUAUUCAGUAGUAAUAAUGUUUUGAAAAGUCUGAAUGUAAACAUAAGUAAUUAAUAUGUUGAAUUAAAAAUAUUUUAAUUACUUUUUAAAUUACAAUUAUACUAACAUUUCUUUAUUAGUAAAUUAUUUUUAGUUUCAAUUGAAAAAAAUUAUUAUUAUUAAAAAAAUGUUAAAAAUAAAGUAUUUUUAAUUAACAAUAAAAAGUUAAAAAUGAAAUACAAUA